AUGAACCAGGAACGAAACGAACUUGUAGAAUCCGAAGCCGAUGCUCUUCUUGAAUGGGUCAAUUCGUGCCCGUCUGUCAGGCGAACUUAUUCGCAAUUCCUUGAUUUGAGGGACGGAAUCUCUAUUUCCAUGAUUUUGAAUGACAUUGAUCCAACAAAUUUUAAUCUAACACCGGUAGAUCGUUCCUUUCUUUCCGAUGAAGACGCUUUGGAAAAUUUAAAGAACAUCAUUCGCGCGAUCGUACAUUAUUAUGACAAAACGAGAGGAUGGGAGCUCGAAUCAAAUAUCGCCCUGAGCUCCAUCUUUCUCAAGUUGCUCUUUUCUUUUCGAUUGAUACGCAGCAAUGACCCGGAGCCACUGGUUCUGAUCAUUCGAUGGGUAAUCACAACCAUCCUUUUCUCCGAGAAGAAAAGGCAAUAUAUCACCACAAUUCUCUCGCUCAGCUCCGAAACGCAAUUUUACUUGCAGUGUAUCAUAGAGACCGUCAUGAAUGCAUUCCCUCAGGACAGUGCGAACUCCUCUGCCCUUUCAGAAAUGCACACGAUUUUAGAGGAAUCUUCCAUUUCUCUGGGCAACGAUGACGCCUCCUUUUCGAUUCUCGAAAACUCCCGAAUGGAACUUCGCCAUCGCUUCGAAGAAGAAAUCCAGCAGUUAGAAUCCAAAUUACUCCAACUUCAGCAGCAGUUGUCGUGCGAAAAAGAAGAAUCCGAGUCGUUGCGACGUCAACGAGACGACCUCCAGAAAGAAGUGGGGAAACUGGAGUCGGAGCUGCGAGAUCAGCGGCAGAUCGUGAAAGGAUUGGAGGGGAACGAAAGGAGAUUGAGCUUGAAGGCGGAAGAAGUGAACUCCAAAUCCAACGAGGAAAUUCGAUCGCUGAAAGAAUCGAAUGAGCAACUCAGCAUCAAACUGGAAUUGUAUUCGUCUGAAAAUGAGCGAUAUCUCCAGGAAAUCGAGUUUUUGAAGAAGAGCAAAGAGAAUGAAAUGGCGCAGCACUCCGUUUGGACCGAUCGAUCGACUCACAUCCAGAUGAAUUUGAAGAAGCUGGAGGACGAAAAGCGAAAGCUGGAGAACGAGGUGGAAAUCCUCACCUCUGAAAAGGAAUACCUGCAGAAAUCGGCCGAGAAGGUGAAUACGCUGCAAUCCCGCUUGGAAGCUUUGAAGGAAAUGGAGUCAAGGUACCAGGAGCUCAAGCAGGAACAUGAAGAGCUUCAGAGCCAAUUCUCUGCCCGCCAAAUCUUCGUUCAGGACGAGAUUUCGAGAGAGGAACUCAAGCGGCUUCGCGAAGACAACGGAGCGCUCCGCGGCAAACUGGAGGCCACCUCGCUCGAGCAGGAGGAUCUCCAGAAGCAGUUGCAGCAGCUGCGCAGCGAAAACUCGCAGCUACGAGAACGUUCGUUUUGCUGCUUCUUCUUCUCAUCCACAGAGCUCAAGAGCGUCAUGCGAAGCAUGGAAGUGAGUCCAGCGCCCGCAGUCGCCAGCGACGGCGCGAGUCUGCAGUCGAUGAUGAGUCCGAACGAGCAGGACGCGGAGACGAAGGCGAAGAUUCGCCGGUACAUCGUGGAAAACAGCGACUUGCGAUUGCAAUUGCAGAGAGAGCGGCAACAGCAUGAAGAGAGUUUGAAGGGAAAGGAACUGGAAUACGAACAGAGCAAAGUGACGCUGCAGGAGGAGUUUUCGAAGAAACUGGCGGAGAACCGCGAGUUGAGGGGGGCGAUGGAGGAGAAGGAGCGGGACAUCGCGGGGAAAAGCGAGGUGAUCGCGGACCUGCGCGAAGUCGUGAUAUCCCAGAAGGAAAUGAUAGCAAAACAAGAGACGGCGAUUGCGGAGAAAGAGAAAGAGCUUGGAGAAUGGAAAGAGCGAUUUGAUGGGCUUUCGAAGACGUGCGAUGAAUUGAAACGGAAAUGCGACGCGUUUGAAGCGCAAGCAGAGGAAGAUCGAAGGAAGAGGAGACAAAUAUCCUUGAAUAGAGCGGUGGAAAUCGAUAAACGAGUGAUUCAGAGAGAAAGAGAAGUCAUGAUGGGCAAUUUGUUUCAGAAAGGGAACGAGAUGUAUACGCGGGUGAAGAAGAAGAUAUUGCAGGAAUCGAAACCGGUUCAGUUUUUGAAGAAAUCAACACUGUAUCAGUAG